UACAUUUUCACCAUCUUCAUCAGUUCCGUAUAUAUACGGUUCGCUUAUAGGUGUGUAUAUAUAACUAUACCGUACACAUGAGUGCUCUGGUUGGCAGCCCUAAUUUCCCCCGGCCCAUCACUGAUCUGGAGUGACACACAUUUCCUCCCCUAUGGCCGUUGAUUCUGCGCCACCCCCGCCUCCUCUGACCGCAUCGCCGGCUGAUGCGGUUGCAGUUUCCAAGAAGCCGAUUCGGAUCCGCUCAGUCUGGUCCCACAACCUCGAGGCGGAAUUCGCCUUGAUCCGCCGCGUCCUCGAUCGUUACCCGUUUGUCUCGAUGGACACCGAGUUUCCGGGCGUGGUUUUCCGCCAUGACAUCCGGUACUGGAAGCCUGAUGAGCAUUACGUCUAUCUGAAGUGGAACGUUGACGCUCUCAAGCUUAUCCAGGUGGGGAUCACUCUCACUGACGCUGCCGGGAACCUCCCGGACCUAGGCACCCCCAACCGCUUCAUUUGGGAGUUCAAUUUCUGUGAUUUCGAUGUGGGGCGAGAUGGCCACUCUCCGGGAUCCAUUGAGCUACUCCGCCAGCACGGCAUUGAUUUCGAUAAGACUCGGGCCCACGGUGCAGAUUCCACCCGUUUUGCUGAGCUGAUGAUGUCUUCCGGACUUGUGUGUAAUGAAGCUAUCACGUACAUCACCUUCCACAGCGGUUAUGACUUUGGAUACCUGAUCAAGGCUCUAACAGGUAGAACCCUGCCAGAGGAACUUGGGGAUUUUCUGGGAUUGCUGGAGCUCUACUUUGGUAACAGGGUAUAUGAUGUGAAGCACUUGAUGAAGUUCUGUAAGAGCCUUCAUGGUGGGUUGGACCGGUUGGCCAGCUCGCUCGAGGUUAGCAGGGUGGUUGGGAAGAGCCAUCAGGCUGGCUCUGACAGUUUACUGACCUGGCAUGCUUUUCAAAAGAUCCGAGAAGUCUACUUUGAGGACAAUGAGGCGCUUACUGAGAAGUAUGCUGGCGUUCUUUAUGGAUUAGAGGUUCUGUAGCCGCAGUUUGGGUAGAUGUAGAGGCUCCUGUUGAAAUUUCCUGUAAAACCAUCCUUCUUUAUAUAAAAGGUUCAAGUUUUAUUUACGAGUAUUAUUUUUCCCUUGAUUGAUCUUUCAUGUUUCUGAAUAUAAAUCUUUCUGACUGUUCUUGGUACUGAGUUCAAAACUUGGGCAAGAACUUAAAAUACUACUCAGCCUUAGUACUAAUUAAUAUCUUGAGCUAGAACUUAAAAUUUGGAGCUAAUUUCUAACUACUAAAUCAGAAGAUUAUGUUUGCUGACUUGCAAUGAGAGUCUUCAUCUUGUAUAAUGCUCUACUUCAUUCUGAGCUAGAUUGAAUGAAGUCAUUUUUUAUUUCAUCUUUUCAGAAGUAGGAAUUCUUAACCCAAGAUUUGAACUUUUGCAUUUUAAGAUACAAAAAAGUUGCUUGUAAAUAAUCCAUGGUAUACCAUUUCAUGUAGUUAUGGGUUUUCUUUAUUGAUUACAAAAGAUGAUUAAGAACUAAGCUCCAUUUUUCCUGGAGAAAUAUCUUCUUCUAGAUAAUAUUUUCAGAAAUAGAUGUUCUAUGUGAAGUGAUUUUCUUGUAAAUGUUUUCAGUGCAUUUUUCCCCUGGAAGCCAUUAUCCUAGAAAUAAAGAUAUUCUACACAAAAUAUUGUAAUGUUUGAGGAAAUUUUUGAAGAAAAUGUUUUACAAUUCUCACUAGGUGAAAUCAUUUUCCACAAAAUAUCAAAGAAGCUAGGAGUGAAGGAGUGGUGCCAAACUUAUGAAAAUAUGUUUCUACACAUGAAUAUCUAAGAAUAUUGUCAAAAGAUACAAGAGGUCUACUUUGUGGUCAAUUAGGCCUUUACUGAGAACUAAAAUACUAAUAGACCCUUAUUACUAAUAUUAUUCUUAUUACAACUAUUAUUAUUAUUCUUUCUAUUAUUCAUCUACUAGGUGUUUGGGACUAAGGAUUGGAUGUUGUUGUAUUCAUCUACUAGGUAGGUCCCUAUCAAAUUUCCUGUAAACCGUUCUUCUUUAUAUAAAAGUUCUAGUUUUGUUUAUUAUUUGCCAUUGGUUGAUCUGUCAUGUUUUCGAAUUAAAGUACUAUUACUGUUUUUUGGUAUUAAUUUUAAAUCUUGAGCAAGCUCUUGAAAUGUUACUGGUCUUCGUACUUGUUAAAAUUUUAAGCCACAACUUAAAAUUUGGAGAUAAUUUCUAACUAUCAAAUUAGAAGAUUAACUGAUUAAGUUUAUUGACUUGCAAUAUGAUAAUUCAUCUUGCGUAAUGCUUUACUUCACUGUGAGCUAUAUAUUGAAUGAAGUUCUUUAUUUCAUUUUUUCAGAUGUAGGAUUUCUUAACCUAGGUUUUGCACUUUUGCAUUGUAAGAUAAAAAGAAUUGCAUGUUGAUGAACUAUGGUAUAUUGUUUCAUGUCUUUAUUGCUUUUUGUAAUUUAUUUAUUAUAGAAGCUGAAGAAAAACUCUGUUUUUCCAGCGAAAUAUCAUGUUUUAGAAAUAUUUUCAUAAAAAUGUCCUCUAUAAAAUGUUUUUGAUGUAAAAUGUUUCCUGGGUGGAAAUCAUUUGACAAAAAUGUUUGACCUACACAAUUAGAAAACAUGAAGCUAUUUGAGGAACACAAAUGCUUGGUGUACACAAAGUGGUGUUCACCAAGCGUUUUUCAUUCGAGGAAAGUGUUGCUUAUUUCACUAUGUGAAGACAUUUCCCACAGAAUAUUAAAGAAUCAAGGAGUGAGACAGUGACGCAGUGGUGCCAAAGUGCCAAACUUAGGGAAAUAAGUUUCUAGAAAAUAUUUCCGAACACAUGAACAUCCAAGAAGUAAUAACAUUUUCCAGGAACAUAUUUUCCUGUAAGAAGACGACACAUUAAAUUUCAACUAGUUUCCAAUUUAGGAUUUAUAAGGGAAAUGUUACUAGAAACCGAGUCUAAAUUGGUUCAUGCAUCAUAAGUUCUAUUUUGAAAUUCUUUCAUCAAUUAAGCUCCAUCAUUGAAGUCGUUUAUCAAUUAAGUUCCGUUAAUGAUAGAGGAAAAUCUUAUUUAAUGUAUCUGCUUUAUGACAUUUGAGGGGCUCUUACUUUGUGGGCCAUUGAUGGGUUAUUCUUGGAAUUCUAACAAGGGAAUUGAUUCAGAGUAACUAGUGUGCAAGACUUAUCUAUUCAUGUUUGAAAUCAUCUUAUUAUGAGUUCAUGAGCUGAUUAGAAUGUGUUACAGAUGAUACUGGCCAUAAGUAAGUGGUUUUGUGAAUCUUGUAUAGCUGAGAAAGAUAGAUUUUUUUUAAUGUUAAGUAGCUAUAUCCUUUUUUAUGACUUAGUGACUUGAAGGGAUCACGACUCAGUUUUCAUUACCUCAUGUGGUUAGUUAGGGUGGGUGAGACAUAGUUAUUGAAGGAGUUGGAAUUAGGAUUGCUAAGGUCUACCUGUAAUUAAACAGCACUUCCCCAUUUGAAAUCAAUUGUUUUUCCGGUGAUUAAGCUCAAGGGGUGUGCAUUAAGAAACUGACGAGUGAUGAUAGUCUCCACAUUUCCGUCGUUGCAUCCUUUAUGUCAAACAAACAUGAGGAUAUAAGGAUAUGCAUAAUUGCAUAUCUACUUUGUACUAGCAAAGGAUUGAAGAAAUGUUAAAGGGCUAAAUCAAAUCAUUCAUAAGUAUGCUGUUACUGUACAAACAAGAAUGGAAUCAAUCCCAAAGACCCAAAUCAAAUCAAAUAAACUGAUAUGCAUAUUGGAUUACUAGCUACUGAACAUUCAAAACCUUUAGUAUGCUAAUUUUUUUAAAAAAUUUAGGGCAUAUAUACAAGUUUUAUAUGAACUAUGCACUUGCUCUAUAUGUUAAGAUUUGAUAAAUUUUUAUGUAGUUGCAGUCAUCUUGGUUUAUAGUUUUUCCAUCUAUCUUUAAUUCUUUACCCUCACAAUUAUUGUGCUUCAGUGUUAAACUUUCUCUUUCAGCCUAACAACAAGUGUAUAUGAUAGCGAAAUAAAGUGAAAUCAAGAUGAUGCAAAGAAUUGACUGGGUGUCGUGACCCAACUGUUCUUGUUCCUUUAUAAAGGUAUGCUGAUAGCUUAUUUGCCUGUUUACUAAGAAAAGGAUCUACACAAUUCAAGCAAUACAGUUCCUCACUCGUAAAUGCUCCAGAAAUGUCCAAUUUAUCAAUGGGAUUAUAUGCAUAUAUCAUUGCCAUGGUUUGAAAUGGGUGCACAACAGCACAAGUCCUUUGGGUUAAGUAUCACAUUUGUUGCUUAGAGACUGAAUUAAGCUGUGAUUAAGAUGGACUCAAGGGUAAAAGUCCUGCUUCAUUGUCUGGUCUAUUGUUUGUGUGUGUGUUUGUUUUUUUGUUUGUUUGUUUGUUUGUGUUUUGGUGUUUGGGAUGAUAAAAACAUUCUCUGUAUGAAUUUUUAAAUUUGGCAUGUCCCUUGGUCUUUCUUUGUAUGGUGUUGUUUGUGAACUUUAUCCUCCUUGAAGAAUCAGGUCUAUAAAAGCAUAAAUAGAUGAAAUUUUUUAAAUUUGGGCAUGUACCUCUCAAUUACUUAUAGACUGAUUUCAGGAUUCCAAUUCAUGAUCUAAUUGUGACGCAAAAUUGCCCUAAAUAGGAUAAAAACCUAUAUGAAAUUGGAAAAAUUCACACUAAUAAUCCAACCUAUUGAUAGUCUUCUAUUAUUAAUCCCUUCUAUGUGUUAUUCUAAAUUAAUACGAACUAUCAGGCUAACCUUCCCUAAACACUCUAUUAACCUGAAGGGCCGGUCUUUUCCGGUAAUAAAAAAAUCACGCCUCUUCACGUGACUAAUAAUAACUUAUGGACAAAACAUUAGGUGGGACGAAGCCCUUAGUCAUUCAGAAAAAAGACGAAGGAGAAGAAGCUUUGCAACGAAGCUUGGAUGAAGGAGAGCGCGCCCAGCCCAUGAUUCGCCAUCGAUUCGGGUUUCUCUACCAACACUGCCGCCACCAGGCAGCACCACGGAAGCGGCGGCAGAUCUCAUCCACGCUGCAUCUAGCUUCAUGGGUAGACACAGUCAAGGCCGUCUUCACUGGACAAAAGCCUUCUGGGACCUUCGCGCUCCUAUGUUUUGCGAAUGAGCUGAGCAAUGCGAGGAAGUUGUCAAAUUGGAAGCAAUACAUGGUGGGGAGAAGUAGUGACGCCACUUUCGCUGAUGCCUUUGCUAAACAAGAAGCCAUUCUUCGUUGCCUUGGCGGAUUUGAUCCCACUGGAGAGAAAUGCAAAUGCACAAUAGCAGAAGUUGAGAUUUGAGAAUGCUUUGGCAAAGUAUUGCUUGGGUCAAACUUGGCUGGUCCACAUGUGAAGAAGGACAAGGUGCUGCAACGGUCUUAAUGCCACACUUAAUUCUGCAAAUGAUGGCCGUAAAUUUGAAUCCCUGUAUUUUAAAAACGAUUUAUAAACAGUGUGCUCUAGCUAAUUUCCUAUGUGAAUGUAAAACAGGAAAAACACUAUCAAAAUGACUAUCAAAAUUACUGAAGUGCAGAUGAUGGAUUCCAAAAGUGCUAAAGGAGAAAGAAAUGCGAUUAUGGUUGUACUUGUAUCUUGAAUAGUGUUUGGCAUUUUAGGUUAUUUGAAGUAAAAUGUAGAAGAGUAAAGUUUGUGUGUAAUGUUUAGCCCUGCUGUAUUGGAUAAUGAUUGCUGGUAUGGUUGCAUUUUACCUAUGUAUGAACUUUAUCUUUGGCAGAUUAAAUAAAUCUAUAAAGAUCUGUAUAUUUCACCAAGU